AUGUGUGGUCCAAAGGAUGAGUUGACAGCAGUGCCCGCCCCUGCAUAUGAGCCCCUCGGGGCCCAGUAUGACAUUGUAAGGACCAUAGGCCAGGGAAGCUACGCCCAAGUGAAACUGGCCAACCACCGGCUCACGGGCACAGCCGUGGCGAUAAAAGUCCUGCCGAAGGAGAAAUUACACUACUACCUAAUUAGUACAGAAGUGGGGAUAAUGAAGAGGAUGAACCAUCCCAACAUCGUUUCUCUGCACCAAAUCAUUGAAACCGAGAAGAAUGUCUUUCUGAUCCUGGAACUGGUUGAUGGAUAUGAGCUACUUGACUGGAUUGAGGAAUCUGGCUUCCUGCCUGAAGGCCUAGCCCGGAAAAUAUUCAGACAAAUCGUUCAUGCCAUGUGCUACUGCCAUGACAUCGGUGUAGUUCACCAUGAUCUCAAGCCAGACAAUAUCAUGGUUGAUUCUACAGGCAACGUCAAAAUUGUAGACUUUGGGCUGGGUGCCUUAGUCGAGCCUGGAAUGAAGCUGUCUAGGUUUUGUGGUGCCUUACAAUUUUCUGCCCCGGAAUACUUCCUGCAACAACCAUACGACGGCACCAAAGUUGACACAUGGAACUUAGGCGUCAUUCUGUAUUUUAUGGUGACUGGAGUCCUGCCAUUCGAAGGUGCUACCUAUAAAGAACUUGAAAGCCAGAUUUUACUAGGACAAUAUGCUAUUCCCCACCACCUCUCAAAAGAGCUACAAGAGAUUAUCCGGUUACUUCUAACUGUAAACCCUACAGAAAGACCAGCACUGAAGGACAUCAUGGCACACCCGUGGCUUAAGAAAGAAGAGCCAAGUUCAUCAAGUCACUCUGAUAAGAUGGACCCUAGCCACCUGGACCCUGAAAUCAUGACGGUCAUGGCAGACAUGGGGUUUGACCCACAAGAGGGUGGCAGCGCUCCGCGUCGCCGCCUAGGGACUGCGGGGUCUGCCUCGGCCCGCCUCCGGGGUGGGCGGCUGCAGGCGGACCAGAGCUCCAAACAGCGUCGGAUUGCGCGGGGGUUGCUGCGCGACCGCAGCAGAAGCGCGCCCCAGGAUCCUGGCUUCUUCAGUGCUGUGAACCGCGGUGGCCAGGCACUUUCCUGGGCUCCCGCUGACCAAAGCCCUGCUGCAGAGCCUCCGGCUGGGAUAGCCGCCCCCCGUGGGGGUGAUGCGGACAGCGCGGGACAGCCAGGGGAGCGCGCGGGGGCCGCAGCAUGCGGGAACCCGCUAAACCUGGUGGCUGCUGAGGCGGCCGAGAUGCUCGUGCGCGCAGCACGCCCCAUUGCAUCCUCCACCUUCUCCGGCUACAGGUACGUCCUGGUUGGUGAUACUGGCUUCCCGGGCCUGGGAGGAUAUAGGCUCAACCGGUGA